GUGAUCUACGUCGGCACCGUCGUCUUUUUCGCCUGGAUCUUCGUGACCAUCUUCGACGAUAUCGAGGGCUACAUCCACGGAAUGCCCGUGAACAAAGGCCUCGACGCCUUCAGCACGUCCCUGAACACGAUGUUCAUUGCCGGCUCGACGGACGACUUCGUGGACUGCUUGCUGCCUUCGUACUCAACGUAUCGGUCGAGCGGACUGCUUUGGCUGCUUUUCCUUGUCAUCGUCCACGUCUUGCUUCUGAACUUGGUGCUGGACAUGCUCGUGGCUGCGUACACGAAGUACUCCGAGGAGCAGGAGGAGAUGGUGACAGAAGAGAAGGUGCAAGGCAUCCUCAACGUUUUUCGGACCGUCUCCCGUGUCACCGGUUCAGAGGUCAUCACUCGCCGCACUUUCAUGGACUUCUGCGAGGAGUACAGCAAGUCUCCGGCGGUGCGGCCCAUCACGGCAAACACGGCGGACAUCAUGUUCACCACCAUGGAUGAGGACAAGAGCGAGGAGCUUGAGAAGGACGAGUUUUUCGGCAUCUGCGGUGUCAUUCAGUGGCUUGGCUUGGGCUUCAGGGAUGUGGGCUGCGUGCAGGAG